UAUACUAUAUUCUCUCAAAUGACGGUCACACAGUACUGCGCAUAAGUUGGCAGCACUGCACAAUGUUCGUGACAGCCGGCCGCAAUUUAUCCAGUUUUCUAGUGCGAAAUCGCGGUAUUGCAACAAACUGCGUAAGAAUGGCAAGCGAGGUGGAGAAGGCGCAAAGCGCCGCAGCCUCUGAAGACACUAUUUUUGGCAAGAUUCUACGCAAGGAAAUUCCAUGCAAAUUUAUCUACGAAGACGAGAAGUGUGUGGCAUUCAAUGAUGUAGCGCCUCAGGCUCCCACACAUUUUCUGGUCAUACCACGCAAGCCAAUUGCACAGCUUUCACUAGCCGAAGACGGCGAUGCCGAGUUGCUGGGACAUUUGAUGCUCGUGGGACGCAAGGUGGCCAAGGAUCUGGGACUCGAGAAAGGCUAUCGUGUGGUCAUUAACAAUGGACAACAUGGAGCACAGUCCGUCUACCAUUUGCAUUUGCACUUUUUGGGUGGUCGCCAAAUGCAAUGGCCACCUGGCUAAAAACAUACGAUUGCUUAACUAACAUUUAACAAAAAAGAGGAAUUGUUAACAACAAAAAAAGUAAUAAAAAAG